UAUUACAAUUUUCUUGGAUUUAGUACAAUUAUAUUUGGUGUUUUAGUUUUAGUACUUAAUCUGUGGUUUUAGUACAUUUUGUAAUAUCGCAAAUUCGAACGUUGUUUUGUUGGUUAGGAAACAAAAAAUAGACCCAAAAUAGGGUUUCUGUUCCAACUAAGUUUUAUUGAAGUACUUAUUAUUUUGUAUUCAGUUACAACAUGUGAAAGUUAGCCUUUUUAAAAUUAAUAUGUAUCAGAUAAGUACCUUGCGAUCAAAGUUAACUAAAACUGGGUCUAUCUUGAUUUUCAACCCAUUGUGUAAGACAUGCCUUAAUAUCCCCAUACCAGUUACUUGCUGUUCUGUUCCCGUAAACAGGCAAAUUUCACCUCUUAAUCCAACAAAUUUUUCUCCAGAAAAUGAGAAAAUCACUUGCCUACCACAGAAACCUAAGAAAGCACCAGAAUGGCGACCAACACCUUCAACUGAUCGUUCAAAUUAUCUUCGACAUUAUAUGAAAUUGUCAAAAAUACGUCUUACAACCCUUGUAGUGGUGACUUCAAUGGCUGGAUAUGCUGUUGCUCCAGCUCCUUUUGAAUGGACCACAUUUGCAAUGUGUUCGUUGGGCACCGGAUUACUGUCAGGAGCUGCAAAUUCUAUUAACCAAUUUCAUGAAGUCCCCUUUGAUUCUCAAAUGUCACGAACAAAAAAUAGGGUGUUGGUUUGUGGUAGACUUACGUAAGUUUCAAGAAUUUCU